AUGGCGAAAAUAGGAGUAGCAUUUUCUGGUGGAGGAAUUCGGUCAGCGGCUUUCUGUUCGGGAGCCUUACGGAGACUUCUUCAAAAGAACGUUAAGAUAGACUUUCUGAGCUGCGUUUCUGGAGGCGGUUACACGGGAUCCGCUUACGUUGAUUGGAAAUACAGACAUGAUAAAAAAGAUGACAAGAAAUGGCAUCAGGAUUUUUUCAACCACAUGAGGCAAGAAGCAGGGUUGAUCUGUCAUUGUCAAAGGCCAUGUAAAGCGAUCCUGGAGUCUAUGGCCUUAAUCGCUGUUGUACUCUUUGUGUCUGUUAUUGUACCUGUGCUUCUCUGGGCUUCGAUGGCGUUUCCUUUGGCUUAUGUUAUAGACUUCCUAUUUGGCAGCAUUCUCAGAGCAGCUGAUCAGUCGUGUUCCCAACAAAUUCAAAACAACCCAAACAUAACCAUCAAACAGUGCAGGGAAGAGCAAAAGUCGCCAGAUGCGAUUUUUGAUCGAUAUGUCUUGUUCAUAACACCCGUUUUGAUUGCCUUUCUGUCGCAUGUUCUUAGCGGUUGUAUUCCAAGGGCAAAAAAAUUUUUUCAAUUUUUUACUUAUUUUUGCGUCAUCUUCUUCGCACUUGUCUUUUUUCCUUGGUUCAUAAAUGAUUUUCUUCAUGUUCUUUCACUUUGGAUGAAAAUUUUGGUUCUUGUUCCUCUGUUUUUCGUUUGGAUUUCUUUUCCCCUUAACCGCACAAUUGCCACACUUAUGAUUGGCAUAUACAUUGUUUCGUUUGUUGUUUUCUGGCGAGUCUACAAGGAGAGCGCUUUGGGUUUUGUAUUUGACGAGAAAGAGUUCGAUUUGCUGCUGGGAAUAUCAGUACUUUUGAACUGGAUAGGUCCUCCCAUGGUUACCAUUCAACAACGCCUAGGACACGUCUAUGUAAGGUACGAUUUUCAAAAGAUAUUAUUACCUUUUUCUAUGGGAACUGUUAACCCAGUCUUAGAACAAAUGUUAGAAAGAAAUACUGCCUUUUUGUCGUGUUAUUGCGAAAGGCGAGGACCAGGAUUGCAACUACUAAGUGUCCAGCGUUUGAUCAAUAAAGGCAUUAACCAAUCAUUGAUGCAAUGUUGAGUUAGUCUUGACGCCAUGAAAUUGGAGAGAAUUACAGUAACUUCCCCCCAAUUGGUCGCUAUCUCUAUAUUACACGGACACCUUCCUAAAACUAUCACUAUCUACUUAAAAUUAUCCACUGCGAUUCUUCAGUCAAUUUUUUUUGACUCUCCAUAAUGCAAACAACGAUAUUUAUCGAAGACGGACACUCCAGUCUCAACUAUCCAAGUUGACGAAGAGCCCACAGUAAGUUGCCUUUGUACUUAAAAUUUUGGGUCAGCAUGGGAGGAGGUGUUAUGAUUGGGUAAAAGUGUUACUGUUCAUCCUGGCGCGUAACUCAAUGAAAUACACCCCGUAAGAGUAAAGAGUUAGUCCGUCACCCAGGACCCCAUGCCAUGCUGUUAGUAGAAUCCAACCUUCCUAAGAGUGGAAUUUGUUUGUGCAAUUUGUUUCUGUUACUGAUUCUUUUAAGGGAAUUUUCGCGAUUCACAUUCUCUUCAUGGCAGGUGGAUUAUCCAGAAGGCAUUUUUCUAUCCAAAGACAGUAGGCAAGUGUGGAUGCGAAGGAAUCAGCUGGCGAAACCUUUUCCUUUACUGUCCAACCUGCUACCAGCCAAAUGGUAAACUAGGAAACAUAAGGUCCAGCCAGGCUUUGACGUUAGCUGAUUUAGAUGAGUUUACACCGACGUACAUAGGGUGCACUACGAGUAACCAAUGGAAACGAAGCCCUUCUCCUAGAGAAGCUCACUACGAAGUCCUUACCAUGAGUUCGCAAAGUAUUGAGCGUCUUGACCGCCGUCAGAGCGAGGGGGGACUACAUGGAAAGCUGAUGCCUGUCGAUGUGUAUUUAUCUGAUGUAGUAGCUACGUCUGCGUCGGCGCUCAACUAUCACAUGGGAAGCAUGCAGGGAGAUGAGGAACCUUUCAAAGACUUAAAAGUACUACUUGGGUUGUCGACUGGCUCAUCAAUCGUCUCUGAUGAAAGACACGAGAGAAAGAGGCCCUUCUGCGUUCAGGUAAGGAUUUUCAUUCAAUAGGAUAUAUACAUUACAUUCUACUUUUUUUUUCAACGAGGACAAGAGUAGAUUACCAACCAGCAAAGUUUGAUGCGGUGUGGGUACUAGGCCAAGGCCUCGCGGGGAGUAUGGGGGGGAGGGAAGAGUUUCUUGGGGACUGGGGCCCUCUAAAAAUUAUGACCGCUAAUUACUUAGCGACUUUUCCUCCAAUUGUUUUCUGGAAUAUUCGUAACUCGUCGCACCCUGUACGUCAAUAUUGACGUUUCGCUCUCAACCCAGGUUUGACAGCCAGUUCGGCGAACUUUCUAUUUGUGUAUAGAUCAAUUAAAUCAGUACUUAACCCAGCAUUAUUUCAUCAAAAUUAUUAUAAUAUCUGUCAGUGUGAUCCAGGCUCUAGGCUAAAAAACAAAUGAAAUCAUCGAUCGCGAUGAAGGCGCAGCUAUUUCAUGAUUGUCACCGGACACGUUCCUAUCGUUUUAUAACUUAAUCACAUUUAGAAAAGUAAUGGGAUAGCCGCAUAAAGGUUUGGCCAAUAAAUUGAAAGGUAUGACUUCUAAAUGGCGCCACUUUAGGUCAUUAUGUUGAAAAAAUGAUGUCAAAUUUGUGGGCCCUAUCAUUUGCGAAGAUGAGGGAAAGAUGGGGGAGGCUCCGUUACUUCCCCGGACCUGGGAGCGCCAAAAAAAGCCCAGUCUCAAUAGGUUUGAGACAGACGUUUUAGCUUCUUAGACUCUCAGGUUAUUAUUAGUUAUUCACCGGUCGCACCAAAAAGAUUAACUUAACGCGUUAGGGCACAGUAAAAUUUUGAGCAACUCCUUACGAAAUGCAAGUGGCGUCGGUAAGUACAUGCAUUGACUUUGGGACGCUUGUGAACCCAGCGAAAAUCAGGCUCAUUCAGAUCCUCAAUUCCAAGAUUCGUCUACCACAACAAUUUCAACAUGUAAGUACACGAGUGAACACCAUAUUUUCGCAUUUCAUCCUGACCAUGUCGUUCUUCGCAGUUCAACUGGAACAUAACAUUAAAUAAACGAUAAUAACGACUCCUAGUUCAACCGAGAAAACGUCUAGAAAAAUUAGCUUUAGUAUAAUUAUGAUUAUCAAUUAACCCUUCACUGGGAAUCUUGCGCUCACUGAUGUUCUUUUCUUUCUUUUAGAUUCUGCCGUUUUUGAUAGAGAUGCUCCGUGGAGUUUCUUUGAUGGUUUUGUUUGCAGCUUAUCUUCGUACUCGCAAUGAUAUGUACAUAUUAACUGGAUUUCUAGUACUAUUCCUCUCUUCGAUCGUUUUUUCAUUGAUAGCGCUUGUACCCACAGGGAGUAAGCAUCGCGGAAGACUGGAGAGAAUCGCCGGGUAGGAAUGACGCUUAUUAAUUACGAGGAAGAAACUUGUGUCAAAUAGAGUAUAAUCUACUGAGUAUAAACAAGCUGUUUACAUCGUUUAACUAUAGUCACUGCAUUUAAAAGAUUUUUCAUAUACGCCCCCUGAGCGCCAAAUAGCUCAGUUUACGUUUUGAGCUUUCUUUAGAUUCGCGAGUCUCAGAACUCUGACAGAAUCGAAUAGCCCUGAAAAAUCAUCUCCUGUGUUUUAUUUGACAAUUCGAGUAAUGAACCAAAUAAAAACAAAUUUAUAUUCAAAAUGAAUGAACUAAUUGAUACCUAGAGAACAUUGCAGUUUUACAAUCAGUUUUUCUUUGCGAUGAUCAUCACUUGAUCUUCAUCCUUUCUGGGUAUUAUGUUAUGAAGCAAUUUAAUGACUGAAAAAUCAUGGCUUGCCACCAAGCGCUACACCGGUAUCGCAGAGGUCAGGGUUCCAGUCCCAGUUUUCAGGCUUUCGUUCUGCAACUGCUUUUUGAAUUAACACACAACCUUUCUGCAAUGAUCUCCUUUGCAUUUGUUAGAUGGUUUACUAUCAACAUCCCUGUUGUCACUUACGUGCGCAACGCGCUGCAAGUUACCAACCAAGGUCCCAAUCCUCCAGCGGUUCUAUAUCUGAGUGACGGAGGCCAUAUUGAAAACCUGGGAAUUCUGCCUUUGUUAAAGAAGAGGCUGCAGAAAAUUGUGUCCAUAGAUGGUGGACAGACGAUCCUAGAUGAAGAUUAUGGAAGCAUUCUUUUGGAAGCUUUAAAUAUGGCCAGGAAGAAGUUGGACUGCUCAUUUUCAGGAAUGGAUGGACGAGAUAUUGCUGAAGAUAUUCGAGAGAAGUUUGUUGAGAGAAUGCCUGGAUCACAGCCAUCAAGUUAUAGGUGUGUAUCAAAACUGUAGGAAAUGGGUAUGAAAAGAAUGUGAAAUGAACUGGCUCGAACAACGAGCUCGCUAGCUGUACAUUGAAAGAUUUCCUACCCCAGUAAAUGAGUUGCUUAAUUCCCCAGUUUUGAUCAAUUAAGAGGCAUUUUUGUCCGCCUCAAUCUUUUUUUCCAAGGCGCAUAAAUGAAUGACACAGUUUCUUGUAAUCUUUGGUACAUGGGUUUUCUUUGGGGUAGAAGUAAAACCCGCGGAAAGGUUUCGGUUGUAUAAAAAGAUCCCACUCGACAUGGAAUUGAUUAAAAAGAAUAAAUAAACUUAGUUAAUACAUCACACCUCGAACCGUAAGCUCAAUUUGGCUUCGAUAUUACACUCAUUUAUCUUGUACCGCACAAGAGACGUCACUUUCGCUUUUUGGUCUAAGACGUUAUGUGAAUAAACACAAGCUUUUAUGUGCUUGUAUCAGAGUCUAAAUACCCCUACGUUCAACCACGAUCUCAACGGCAUAUUCCAUUCAACGCACAAUUGAGUAAAGCCUGCUGUAAACAUUCCAUGCCAUGUCAUACAAAAUGGAUAAAUAUGUUAAUCCAUUCUGAAACAAAGGCCGUACCCUAAAUAAAACGAAAGUUAAACCCAUACAAUAAGGUGGAAAAAAUUUGCAUGAAAGCCAGUGUUGUCUGCAGAAUCAUCCAUUCCCCUGCGAGAGGGAUGGUUUUCACACGUUACAUAAUGGCGCUUGUUUGGAAUUAACACCUUUUUGUAUCCCUAAAUUUGCCAGAUUCAAGGUGCAAUACUACCAGAAAAACAUUAACAGUGAAGGAAAAACCAAGAUCGGGGAAGGUGAAAUUCUGUACAUUGUUCCCAGACAUCCUAACAAAGCUGUGAAAACUAAAGAGUAUGUGACGUGGGCGGACGCACUGCAUGACAUAAGUGUUGAACUACCUGCAGAUCAGUGGGGAAACGGGCCCGAAUUAAAGGCCGAAGAAGCCGACCGAUUAACAUUUUGUUGCUGCGAAUGUUGCCAUGGAAAUACAUGCCGUGGUUUCUCUGAAGCGAUGUGCGAGGCCUUUCCACAGCACUCAACAAAUAAUCAGUUCUUUACUCCAAGUAUGUUUUCAGCGUAUCACAGGGAAGGUUACCGUGCAAGUAUGGAAGCUAAAGUAGAGGAGUUUCUGAAUGAAGAAUCCAACUCUUCCCCCUCAGCUGCAUUCAUGGUCUAA